GUCAGUAGCGCCUCUACGGGCGGGAGCACGAACGCAGCGGAGCCGGAGGGGCGCCUUUCCGAGCAACACCCACUUCCUGGAGCUGCCGCAGCAACUGCGGAAAAAAAAAAAAUACUGUAGUCAAUGGAAACUCGGCUUUAAACUUAUAUCGCCGGAUCAAAUGGGUCCGAGAUACUUCUUCCUUUUUGGGAACGGGUCUGCUCGUACGCGCGGGUUGUAGCCGCAGUUCGCCAGAGUAAAUGACACGCACCUUCGCUCAAGGCACAGCGCCGAUGUGGGAAGCUCAGUCUGCGGCAAGGGGUAGUCAGUUCAUCCCUAGGCUGUAGCCAGGCCGACAGCGGCCUAGGCGCUUAAUAACUAAUCGUUCAGUAACAGUGAUUUUAGUAGCUGUAAAUGCAUACUUUUUUUUAACGUGAGGUAUUUAUCCACGUGUUGUUGUUUUUUUUUUAGGUUAACAGCAUCUUGCUGUCAGUAGGCUAUAUUAGCAACGUCUUCAGACUUUUUUUUUUCCAGACUGUUGUUUACGUUUGCAAAGUAAUAAUUGGUCUACCAGAUCAGUUGUUUCUGUUGUUGCUCGUUAUUACGAUGAAUCUUAUGUGAACUUUUUCGCAUUUCCGGAUGUUUUUGAUAACCCCUCAACUUUGACGAAUAGCGAUGUCUGCACCGUCCGCAGAAAUGAUUGAAACUCCACCAGGAUACCCUUUCGAAGAAAUUGAUUAUAAUGAUAUAGAAGUCGAAGAGGUUGUUGGAAGAGGAGCUUUCGGUGUUGUCUGCAAGGCUAAAUGGCGAGGCAAAGAUGUGGCGAUAAAAACCAUAGAAAGUGAAUCUGAAAGAAAGGCGUUCAUAGUUGAGCUGCGGCAACUAUCGCGUGUAAAUCAUCCCAAUAUUGUGAAGCUGUAUGGAUCAUGUAGUUCUCCUGUUUGUCUAGUAAUGGAAUAUGCUGAAGGAGGAUCCUUAUACAAUGUGCUGCAUGGUGCAGAACCCCUCCCCUAUUACACAGCCUCCCAUGCCAUGAGCUGGUGUUUACAGUGUUCCCAAGGAGUGUCCUAUCUCCAUGGCAUGAAACCAAAGGCUCUUAUUCACAGGGACCUCAAACCACCAAAUUUGUUGCUGGUAGCUGGCGGAACGGUGUUGAAGAUCUGUGACUUUGGUACGGCCUGUGACAUUCAGACACACAUGACCAACAAUAAAGGAAGUGCGGCUUGGAUGGCCCCUGAGGUUUUUGAAGGCAGCAAUUACAGUGAAAAGUGUGAUGUUUUUAGCUGGGGGAUUAUUCUCUGGGAGGUAAUAACGCGCAGGAAACCUUUUGAUGAAAUCGGAGGACCUGCAUUUCGCAUCAUGUGGGCCGUGCACAAUGGUACACGGCCACCUUUGAUUAAAAACCUCCCCAAACCUAUAGAGAGUUUAAUGACGCGCUGCUGGUCCAAAGACCCCUCACAGCGCCCUUCCAUGGAGGAAAUUGUGAAGAUUAUGACUCAUCUCAUGCGGUACUUCCCAGGCUCUGAUGAACCCCUCCACUAUCCUUGCCAAUAUUCCGAUGAAGGGCAAAGCAACUCUGCCACCAGUACAGGAUCUGUUCUGGACUACACCUCUACAAACACCAGUAACAAAAGUGAUGCUAAUAUGGAACCUGUUGACUCCCAGGUUAAUGACACGAUAAAGAGAAAUGAGUCAAAAUAUGUGCCACCAUUCAAACAUAAGGGGGAUGCAGUACGUCCGGUCCUACCUCUGUCCAGAGGUGGCAGUGUAGAAAGCCUGUCUGAUUCCAGGGGACGGCCACAGUCUGUUGCCUCUGCAGACAGCAAGAGGAUGAGUACAGACCUGUCAGACUUGGACUCCAGGAUGACAUUUGGAAAUGCAGCACGCCCCCAGUCUAAAAGAGGCCACCGUAAAACUGCUUCAUUUGGCACCAUUCUGGAUGUUCCCAAGAUCUACAUAUCAGCAAGCAGUGAACAACAGAGGCGCAGAUCUGUGCAGGACCUUCCAGGAAUAGGAACAGAAUCCAGUCAGGGAAGUAGGAACAGCAGCCGGUCAUCCAGUCCCAGUGUGAGGAUGAUCACUCCGACAGACAAGGCCAGGAGUUUAGGCUUCUCACCUGAUGAUUCUGCAGAUACCAAUGGGUCUGACAAUUCUAUCCCCAUGGCGUAUCUCACUUUGGAUCACCAGCUGCAGCCACUUGCUCCUUGUCCAAACUCCAAAGAGUCCAUGGCAGUGUUUGAACAGCAUUGCAAAAUGGCGCAGGAAUACCUAAAAGUUCAAACGGAAAUUGCAUUGCUGAUACAGAGAAAGAAUGAGCUGAUAGCUGAAUUGGACCAGGAUGAGAAAGAUCAGCAAAACACGUCCCGCCUGGUUCAAGAACAUAAAAAACUUCUAGAAGAAAACAAAAGUCUCUCCACAUAUUUCCAGCAGUGCAAAAAACAGCUCGAACUUAUCAGAGCACAGCAACAAAAGAGACAGGGUACUUCAUGAUGCCCAGAUCUGAUGCCUUCCCUGCCCCAAGUCAUGCUGCAGAUAAAUGGACUGCUCACGUUUUGUAAUAUCUGCUGGUUUGUUUUAAGGAUUGUCAUCUUUUGUGUGAUCUGGAAGCUUAUACAUGUCUGCCACAGCUUUCACUUUUAUUCUUUUUUGAGUGAAAUAUUAAUCCUUGGUCAGUAUGACAGAGUUGGUUGUGGCUUUUCUUGCACUGUAAAGAGACCUGUGAUCUACUGUGUAUAAGCAUGCUGCAUAUAAUAAUUGGUCUGGGGUAAAGGGUCUGAGUGAUGGAGUCAAAUCCAUCCAGAACCCUGCAUAAACGUGUGCUCUUGUAUACUGUACAUCAAAAAUGGUCUCAGAAGUAUGUAAAAAGUAUACUUCUGUACACUUUCUUGUCAAGGAUUUUAUGGAUGCAAUAUGGCACACCUUCAUUGUUCAGAAUCAUCCAUGCAAAACUUGAGAUUUUCUGGGUAAUCUGGCAUUAUGAUUAUUGAAAAGACAUUCUAGAUAACCAUAACAUUCAUGGAAAUGUCAUACGGUAUGUUUGCAGCACGUUUUGCCUUGCAGUUAAACAUAAAGGGAAAUGUGAAGGCUUUUUUGUGUCUAAAAUGUGACAAAGAAGUUUCACUGGCCAGUUUACUUCAGUUUACCUAGUUAUGUCCAUCUGGAUCAAGACGUUUGUGACUCUUCGAUAAAAUAUAUGAAAUACAGCUCAUAAUUACGAAAAAAAUAUAACGGCCAACUCAGAUAUAUAUUUUUAGCUGGCAUAACUGUUCAGCAUCUUGUGUCAUAUAGCCAUCUGUAAAAGCCUGAUAUAGCCUUUUCUCAGAGGUGGGAAUGUAAAGAAUAAGUUCUUGACAGGACAGAAAUACAAAAAAUACAGGGGUCGAUCACAUUCUUCAUUCUACAUUACAUUUCAUAAUCCUUUUCUUCACUUUUUGGAAUCUUGAGACCAUAGAACGUGAUUAGAUGAGUAUCAGAGGUCCGUGGUGAAAUAUCAUCAGAGAGAGCAUUGCUUUUCUGCUUAGGUCAUAGUAUUAAUUGGAUACAUCUGGGAGCAGUUACCACACAUAUUAAUGUUGAUGCACCUGGGAUGUAUUUAAAAUAAGCAAUAUGCCUUUCAUAUUCAUCAGGUGUCGCACAAUAGUGAGACCUAAAGCCACGUAACCAGUUUGCAAACCUUAGAUUUACCUGCAUAUGUAAAGAUGAAAUAUUUAUGUUUUAUUCCAUGCUAAAAAGACCACCAUUAUAACAACACAUAAUAGCAAUAUCUUUGAAGGAGUAAACUAAAAAGCCCAAUGCUACUUGUUGACUGGAUCUGACAAGAAAUUACAUUUCCAUGUAAUUGAAAGUUCAACUUAUGUCAUGCUUUCUAUUUUCAUUUUUACAAAGUUCUUCUUUUUUAAACGUGGACAAAAAUGAAGGGUGAUUAUUUUUGUCCUGUUCCCCAUUUCCAGUCUUCUGUUGUUAAUAGGCUUCCUCCUUUUUCACAAAUGUCUUCACAAGUUGCCUUAAACAGCUUGCUUUUUUAUGUAGUUAACUCUUGAUCACUUGGUCCAACUUGAAAGCCUGUUAAUUAUGCACUGUGCCUCAUUUCAAUAUAUUAACCACAUGAAAAAUAGCAUGGCUGUUAUGACGUAAAUUAUUUAAAAAAUUCUUUAUGCGGUGCAGCACUAGACUUGUUUGCUAUAAUUAAUGCUUUUUGUACUGGAAGAAAAAUUGGCAAGUAUUUAUAGCUGAAUCUUAGUUUGGAAGUUAGAGGUCCAAAGUGUUGGAACAAGUGAUGUACAGAGAAAUUGAGCACAAUAUUUUCCAUUCUUUAUGCUACAUUUUAACAUUUUUGAUUCUGUGAAUGGAUAUCUGUCUCUGUAAAAUACAUUGUCGCGGCUCAUCUUUCGUAAGAAAUGGCGGACUAGGAAAGCUGUACAGUAGAUGCAGAUUGUGCUUGUUGCACCUAAAUCAACACAGGGUACUUGCAUAUUAAAUAUGUUGCCUUUUCUGAAAAAACCUGAUUAUUUUUGCAUUGUUUUAAACUGCUGUCUUUGGAAAUGUUAAGCUUCAGCUUAAAUCUUAGUGCUUUGCUGCCAGUGUGAUGUAAAUCAUACAUUUGUAGAGUGUUAGUGUUGUCUGAGUAGGAUAUAUAAGGUUUUCAGGUUACAGCAGUUCCACUACGUAGGAAUAUAUGCUCUUUUUCACCACUGUACACUACUCUUUCCCAUUCAAAAUGCUGCCAUAGACAUUGGAUUACUCUUAACAUUUUGUAUUGUACAUGAUGGUGCUUGCUAAGUAUUUUUUACAGUAACUUUAAAAGUUUUACAAGUUUAGGAAGUUUAAAGUUAUUGCAUUGCAGCUUUUGUUUGUUGUAUUAUUUGGACAGAUGGCAAAUUGAAUUAGUAAACAUGAUAAAAGAAACAUUUGACUCUUCAGAAAAGUCACCAUAUUUAACAUGCAGAUGACCUCUGACCAUCACAAGGUGAUGUAAUAGGGAGAACCUAUAUGCCUCACAAAUUGUACAAUUUUUCCUGUGCAGAGAGAACAUUCAAUGAUAGCUUUGUAUUUUACGUGACAGCUUCCUCAUCUGUGUCUUUAUAAGUGCUGUUAAGAACAGGUAUGCAGUGAGGUCUUUAGUGGGUUAGAUAUCACUGAGUCGUCUGUCCACAUUUGUUUUUUCAUACAACCCUUUGACCUUUAUUUCCCCCCAUAGGAAAACGGAGGAUAUGAGCAUGUCAAUUUUAAAACUGAAUUCUCAGAUUCUCAGCAGUAUGUUUAAUUUGGCAUGUUUUCAAGCGACCAUUUGACAAAAUUUUGCACAGUUUAAGAAAUUCCAUUAUGUACAGCGAACGGACCAGCUAUCAAUUAAAACAAACAAAUCUGAAACAAAUGAAAUGCCAUAGGAUUGUGCUUUCUCAAUCAUGGAAAAGGAGAAAGCCUACUUGUGAAUCUGAGUACAGUAUUGUUAAAUACUAUGUAGCUAAAACAGUGAUGGUGUGUAGUGUGGUUUCUCCAACACAAGCUUUUCCUUUUUUAGGUUUUAAUGAAGUUAUGGAUAUAUUUACUGUGUACUGUACAUAAUAUUGUUUGAUUUCUUGAGCUAUGGGAAUGAAUAUGGUGACUAUAGCAAACCAUUUAAAAUAAAAUGGAUGGAAAUAA